AUGGCCGAGAACCUGCUGGACGGGCCGCCCACCGCCAAGCGGGCCAAGCUCAACUCCCCGCCCGGCUUUCCCCGCCUCGGACCCCGCCGCAGUAUCAUUGCAGAUUUUAGAUCUCUGUUUGAACUGGAAAAUGAUCUUCCAGAUGAGUUGAUCCCUAAUGGAGAGCUGAAUCUUUUAAACAGCAGUGGGAACCACGUUCCAGAUGCAGCUUCUAAACACAAGCAACUUUCUGAUCUUCUGAGGGGAGGAAGCGGUUCUUCUUUAAACCCAGGAAUUGUAAAUGUGAGCGCCAGUAACCAGGUCCCACAAGGAGUCAACAGCCAAGUCCAAGGGCAGCCAAACAGCGUGAACAUUGGCAAUCUAGGUGCCAUGGGCAAGAAUCCUUUGAACCAGGCAGACACUGCUGCACCCGCUCUGGUCAAGCAGCCAGUCAGUACAUCUGGGCCCAGCACACCAGCGACUCAACCCUUGAGCUCUCAGCCACAGAAGCAAGUAGGGAUGGUGACAAGCAGCUCAGCAACCUCUCAGGCAGGAUCUGGGAUGUGUAUAAACAGUGGUUUCAGCCAGGCCCAUCCAGGUCUUCUCAACACUAAUUCUGGCCACGGUUUAAUGAAUCAGGCCCAACAAGGGCAGGUGUUGAAUGGAUCCCUUGGGCCAGCUGGAAGAGGAAGAGGCGCUGGAAUGCAGUACACGACACCCGCCAUGCAGGGGAAUGCUGGCAGUGUGCUAACAGACACCUUAACACAGGUGUCUCCCCAAAUGGCAAGUCACACGGGGCUGAACCCAACCCAGGCAGGAGCCAUGGCAAAAAUGGGAAUGGCCAGUAACACAAGUCCCUUCGGGCAACAGUUUAGUCAGACUGGAGGGCAGCAGAUGGGAACAACAGGAACGAACCCUCCGUUACCAGUUAAGCCAGGCAUUGGCAAUAGUGUGGUGUCUCCCUUUCCUGCAGACAUCAAGAGUGUCUCAGUUACCAGUGUGCCAAAUAUGCCUCAAAUGCAGCCCCAGGUGCAGCAGGUGGGAAUUGUACCAACACAGGCAAUGGCAACGGGUCCCACAGCUGAUCCUGAAAAGCGCAAACUUAUUCAGCAGCAACUGGUUCUGCUACUUCAUGCUCACAAAUGUCAGAGGCGAGAGCAAGCAAAUGGAGAGGUGCGCGCAUGUGCUCUUCCUCAUUGUCGAACGAUGAAAAAUGUUCUCAAUCACAUGACACAUUGUCAAGCUGGAAAGGCCUGUCAAGUUGCCCACUGUGCAUCCUCACGCCAGAUCAUCUCCCACUGGAAGAACUGCACGCGGCACGACUGCCCCGUCUGCCUCCCACUUAAAAAUGCCAGCGACAAGAGGAGCCAGCAACCGCUCCUUGGAUCCCCUGGUAAUGGAAUCCAGAGUUCUGUUGCUUCUGGAACAAGCCAGCCGACAGCUCCUUCCCUAAGUAACCCUAACCCAAUUGAUCCCAGCUCCAUGCAGCGGGCCUAUGCUGCUCUCGGCUUGCCUUAUGGCAAUCAGCCACAGGCUCCAUUGCAGCCACAAGUACAAGGCCAGCAAACGGCUCAGCCUCAGACCCAUCAGCAGAUGCGGACCAUAAAUGCAUUGGGAGCUAAUCAGAUGAAUCUUGCUGCGGGAGGAUUAACAGACCAGCAAGCUGGCAUGAUCUCAGAAACUGCUCUUCCGACUUCACUCCGGGCAGCAAACCCUUUAAUGAAUGAUGGUCCAAAUGCUGGCAGUGUUACAAGUCUUGGUGGCUCCAUGCCAACAGCUGCACCGCCUUCCAGUGCUGGAAUGAGAAAAGCUUGGCAUGAACACGUCACUCAGGAUUUACGCAAUCACUUAGUCCAUAAACUCGUCCAAGCCAUCUUCCCCACUCCUGACCCAGCUGCACUGAAAGAUCGCCGGAUGGAGAAUCUGGUGGCUUAUGCUAGGAAAGUGGAAGGCGACAUGUACGAAUCGGCUAACAGUCGGGAUGAAUACUACCAUUUAUUGGCUGAGAAAAUCUAUAAAAUUCAAAAGGAACUUGAAGAAAAGCGGAGGUCUCGUUUACAUAAGCAAGGGAUCAUGGGUAACCAGCCAGCCUUGCAGCCCCCGGGGGGUCAGGCAGCUGGCAUUCCACAGGUGGCAGCAACCAUGGCACAGCCUGUAAGACCUCCCAAUGGGCCGAUGCCAAUGCCAAACGUGCCUCUGAGCCGCUUGCAGGUCUCUCAAGGAAUGGGAGUGAAUCAGUUUCACCCUAUAUCCAUAGGGAAUGUCCAGAUGCCUCAGGCCGCCAUGGGACCCCGUGCAGCUUCUCCAAUGAGCCAUCCUGUCCAGAUGAACAACAUCAGCUCCGUUCCAGCAAUGGCCAUGUCUCCUUCGCGGAUGCCUCAGCCUCAGAACGUGCUGGCAGCCCAUUCGAGCAGCCUGAUGAGCCAAGCCUCCACCCAGGCCCAGUUCCUGUCACAAAACCAGUUCCCUGCCUCCACGGGCGCCAUGAGUGUCAGCAGUGCAGCCAUGGGGCAGGCAGCCGCGGCAUCACAGGGACAAGUUCCUGGCGCAGCUCUUCCUAACUCUGUGACGACACUAGAACCACAGAGCAGCCAGCUCUCGUGUCCUCCAGCGCCCCAGCUGCCCCUGCAUCAGCCAGUGCCUCCUUUGGCUAGCGUGCCAUCCGUUCAGCACCAGACCCCUCCACAGCCAGCAGUGCCUGCCCAGCCAGCCACCCCCGUCUCUGCUUCAGGACAAGCCCCCACCCCAGUCGCUGGCUCCGUUCCAAAUGCCACGCAGAUGCAAAGCACACCUUCCGGGCAAGCAGCUGCACAGACGCAAGUCACGCCACAGCCUCAGACUCCAGUGCAGCCCCCCUCUGUGCCAACGCCUCAGCCUCCCCAGCAGCAGCCAACCUCCGCCCAGGCCCCUGGCACACCUCUGUCCCAAGCAGCUGCAAGCAUUGACAACCGGGUGCCAACACCAGGCUCUGCUGCCAGUGCUGAUGUCAACACCCAGCAGCUUGGGCAUGACACACAUGGGCAAGAGUUGAAAGCAGAAGUCAAGACUGAAAGGACAGAGCUGGAGUGUGGGGAAGCCCCAAUGGAGCCCAAGCCUGAGUUGGAGGAGGCCUUGCAAGGGCCUGCACAAGCCAAAGAAGAAGCCAGUGGUCUAGAGCUCAGGCAAGAGCCAAUGGAAAUAGAGGGAAAGAAGCCAGAUCUAAAAGAGGAAGAUGACAGCGGCUGUACUGGUGCCCCUUCGCAGUCCACAUCACCCUCUCAGCCAAGGAAGAAGAUUUUUAAACCUGAGGAGCUGCGUCAGGCUCUCAUGCCUACCCUGGAAGCGUUGUAUAGGCAGGACCCUGAGUCUCUGCCUUUCAGGCAGCCGGUGGAUCCUCAGCUCCUGGGUAUUCCGGAUUAUUUCGACAUUGUGAAGAAUCCCAUGGACCUUUCCACAAUUAAACGCAAGCUGGAUACAGGACAGUACCAAGAACCGUGGCAAUAUGUGGAUGAUGUCUGGUUAAUGUUUAAUAAUGCCUGGCUUUAUAAUCGCAAGACAUCAAGAGUCUAUAAAUUUUGCACUAAACUUGCGGAGGUCUUCGAACAAGAAAUUGACCCUGUUAUGCAGUCCCUGGGAUACUGUUGUGGGCGCAAGUAUGAAUUUUCCCCUCAAACCUUGUGCUGCUAUGGCAAACAGCUGUGUACCAUUCCCCGUGAUGCUGCCUACUACAGUUACCAGAAUAGGUAUCACUUCUGCGAGAGAUGUUUCACUGAAAUCCAGGGGGAAAACAUUACCUUAGGGGAUGACCCUGCCCAGCCACAAACAACAAUCUUGAAAGAUCAGUUUGAGAAGAAGAAAAAUGACACACUAGAUCCAGAGCCGUUUGUGGAUUGCAAAGAAUGUGGCCGGAAGAUGCAUCAGAUCUGUGUGCUGCAUUAUGACAUUAUUUGGCCUUCAGGUUUUGUUUGUGACAACUGCUUGAAGAAAACAGGGCGAACACGUAAAGAAAACAAAUUCAGUGCCAAGAGGCUGCAGACCACUCGCUUAGGAAACCAUUUGGAAGACAGGGUGAACAAAUUUUUGCGGCGGCAGAACCACCCAGAAGCCGGGGAAGUCUUUGUGAGAGUAGUGGCCAGUUCAGACAAGACGGUGGAAGUGAAACCAGGAAUGAAAUCGAGGUUUGUAGACUCUCGUGAAAUGGCCGAGGCCUUCCCCUACCGAACAAAAGCCCUCUUUGCUUUUGAAGAAAUUGAUGGCGUGGAUGUUUGCUUCUUUGGCAUGCAUGUGCAGGAGUAUGGCUGGGACUGCCCACCCCCAAACACCAGGCGUGUGUACAUCUCCUAUCUGGACAGUAUUCAUUUCUUCCGGCCAAGAUGUCUCCGGACGGCUGUUUACCAUGAAAUCCUCAUUGGGUACCUGGAGUACGUCAAGAAACUAGGGUAUGUGACUGGCCACAUCUGGGCCUGCCCGCCAAGUGAGGGGGAUGACUAUAUCUUCCACUGUCACCCUCCUGAUCAGAAAAUCCCCAAGCCCAAGCGCCUGCAGGAGUGGUACAAGAAGAUGCUGGACAAGGCGUUUGCAGAGAGGAUCAUUCAUGACUACAAGGACAUCUUCAAGCAAGCGACGGAGGACCGGCUGACGAGUGCCAAAGAACUCCCUUACUUUGAGGGUGACUUUUGGCCCAACGUGCUGGAAGAGAGCAUUAAAGAACUGGAGCAGGAAGAGGAGGAGAGGAAGAAGGAGGAGAGCACCGCUGCUAGCGAGACGCCAGAGGGCAGCCAGAGCGACAGCAAGAAUGCGAAGAAGAAGAACAACAAGAAGACCAAUAAGAACAAGAGCAGCAUCAGCAGGGCCAACAAGAAGAAGCCCAGCAUGCCGAAUGUCUCCAACGACCUCUCCCAGAAACUUUAUGCCACCAUGGAAAAGCAUAAGGAGGUCUUCUUUGUGAUUCACUUGCAUGCUGGACCAGUCAUCAACACGCUGCCCCCCAUUGUGGACCCGGAUCCAUUGCUCAGCUGUGAUCUGAUGGAUGGUCGCGAUGCCUUCCUCACUUUAGCCCGGGACAAGCACUGGGAAUUUUCUUCUCUGCGUCGCUCCAAAUGGUCCACACUGUGUAUGCUUGUGGAGCUGCACACCCAAGGGCAGGACCGUUUUGUCUACACGUGCAAUGAGUGCAAACACCAUGUGGAAACCAGGUGGCAUUGCACAGUGUGUGAGGAUUACGAUCUGUGCAUCAACUGCUACAACACCAAGAGCCACGAACACAAGAUGGUCAAGUGGGGGCUGGGCCUGGACGACGACAGCAACAGCCAAGGAGAGCAGCAGUCGAAGAGCCCGCAGGAGUCGCGCCGCCUGAGCAUCCAGCGUUGCAUCCAGUCCCUGGUGCAUGCGUGCCAGUGCCGGAAUGCCAACUGCUCCUUGCCGUCCUGCCAGAAGAUGAAACGGGUCGUCCAGCACACCAAGGGCUGCAAGCGCAAGACCAACGGGGGCUGCCCCGUCUGCAAGCAGCUGAUCGCCCUCUGCUGCUACCACGCCAAGCACUGCCAAGAGAACAAAUGCCCCGUGCCCUUCUGCCUCAACAUCAAACACAAGCUCCGCCAGCAGCAGCUCCAACACCGCCUGCAGCAGGCGCAGUUGAUGCGGCGGAGGAUGGCCACCAUGACCACCCGCAACGUGCCUCAGCAAAGUUUGCCUUCUCCUACCUCAGCCACUCCUGGGACUCCAACACAACAGCCCAGCACCCCCCAGACCCCCCAGCCUCCCCCCCAGCCCUCCCCUGCCAGCGUGUCUCCCGCUGGUUUCCCCAGUGGGGCAAGAACUCAGCCCCCACCCCCCAUUUCAGCAGGCAAACCCACCCCCGCAGUGGCUGUGGCCCCCCCUCCCUCCCAGCCUCCCCCAGGAGCCGUGGAAGCCGCUCGGCAAAUAGAGAUGGAAGCCGCCCAGCAGCAGCAGCAGCUGUACCGCGUUAGCAGCAACGGCUUGCCUCCUGGCCGAGCAGGCAUGGUGAGUCCAGCGGUCGGUGCUGUCAGCCCCAUGCAGCAGGUGGGCAUGAACGUCCCCCGGCCCAACACGGUGAGUGGCCCCGUGAUGUCCAACCUGCACCCUGGACAGUGGCCAUCGGCUCCCUUGCCGCCGCAGCAGCAGCAGCCUCCCCUGCAGCCCGGCAUGCCCAGGCCCGGCAUGCCCAUCACAGCCCAGCAAGCAGUCGCCGGGCCCAGGAUGCCAGGCGUGCAGCAGCCGUCGCCCCGCAGCAUUGCCCCCAACGCUUUGCAGGAGCUGCUGCGGACUUUGAAAUCCCCCAGCUCCCCGCAGCAGCAGCAGCAAGUGCUCAACAUUCUGAAGUCCAACCCUCAGCUCAUGGCCGCUUUUAUCAAGCAGAGAACAGCCAAAUACGUAGCCACUCAGCCGCCCCUGCAGCAGCCGCCCCCGCCACCAGCAGGCCUGCACGCUCCGUCGGGCUUGCAGAACAUGAAUGUGCUGCAGGCUGGGGGGCAGAGAGCUGGGGUUCCUCCUCAGCAGCCAGGUCUGGGGGGCUUGAAUGCCCAGGGACAGGCGGUCCUGACCCCCAGCCACAACGCGAGCAUGGCCAGCAUGAGCCCUCAGUACCGGGAGCUCCUGAGAAGGCAGCUUCUGCAGCAGCAAGGCAGCCCUGGCCUCACUGCGCAUACCCAGUUCCAGCAGCCCCCGGGGCCAGCAGGCUAUUCCCAAGCCCUGCAGCAGCAGCAGCGCCUGCAGCAGCAGCAGCAGCAUCUCUCGCUCCAGGGGGGAGCCCUGGGCCAGAUGGCUCCGCUGGCCCCCAUGGGGACGGACAGUGGCCCCAGCAUCCAGCAAGCUUUGCAGCAGCGCCUCCUCCAGCAGCAGCAGCAGAUGAAGCAGCAGAUCGGCUCCCCGGCUGCUCAGGCCAGCCCCAUGAGUCCCCAGCAGCACAUGCUCUCAGGACAAGCGCCAGCGCCUCACCUCCCUGGCCAGCAGAUCGCCCCUCCUUCCCUCAGCAGCCAGGUGCGGUCCCCGGCGCCCGUGCAGUCUCCCCGCCCCCAGUCCCAGCCGCCACAUUCCAGCCCGUCGCCCCGGCUGCAGCCCCAGCCCUCUCCUCACCACGUCUCUCCGCAGACCGGCUCCCCGCACCCCGGGCUGGCCGUGACGAUGGCCGGCUCCCUGGAGCAAGGGCACCCCGAACAAAGUGCAAUGCUGCCCCAACUUAACCCCCCCAACAGGAAUGUGUUACCAAAUGAAUUAGCCCUGGUUGGCGACACUACAGGCGGUGACACGCUAGAGAAAUUUGUGGAGGGCUUGUAGCAGCGUGGGAGCCUGCUGGCCUCUCCCAGAACACUUUGUACUGCAAAAAGACCUCUCGCUUGACGUGAGACUGGUUCUUCCCGCACCCGUGGAAGGAGGAAUUGCUGUUUAAAAAGAAAUGCAAAGAAUAUAUAUAUAUUUUUUGUUAAAGCCAACCAGGUGUGGUUCAAAUAACCUGGUCUCCUUUCCUUGGUUGUUGAUGUUGUUAUUGUUGUGGGUUCUUUUGUUCUGUUGUUACCGUUGACUUUGCUUUUUUAAAAAAAGAGGGGAAACAAGUCCAUUGUAUUCAUAAUUUUAUUUGUACUUUCAAAACUAAGCAUUUGUGUUCAAAAAAAGAAUAUUCUUUGGGAACUGUUUCCUGAAAUAACGCAUCAUUCUGAUGUAUCCUGCUCACUUUGACAUGUUGCAGAAAGAUUUUUUUUUCUGUACUCAACUCUGCAGGUAUCUGAAGUAUUAUUACCCCUGGAAAAAUAUAGGAACCGACUCUUGCACAUGCAAACACACAUGUUGCAGGUGUAGAAAUUGUUUCUUUGUUUCUCUGAUGAAACUGGUUUUAGAUUUAAAAAAAAUAGGGAUGAUCACUUCUUAGACUGCUGAUUUUAAUACAGAAGCAGAUUCUGUUCUUUCAUUAUUUGAUGUGAAACUUGAAAUGAGGAAAAGCAAUUUUAGUGUAAAUCAUGCAAACUCUAUAAUUAUAAAUGCAGAAAAUUCAACAAGAUUCAAUCACUGUAUAGAAGGAGGGAACAAACAUUUCUUACUUCUAUAGCAUAUUGUUAAAUAAACUGUGCAACAGACAAAAAGGGUGGGCCUCCUUGAACUCAUGUACAUGGUAUUAACUCUUAGUGUUUGGGGGUUUUUGUUAUAAAAAUGCUGUUUUCAACAUUGUAUUUGGACUAUGCAUGUCUUUUUUCCAUUGUAUAUAAAGUAUUGCUUAAAAGUGAUAUAAAUUACUGAAGUUUUUUAA